UUUUGAUUUUUCUCAAUUAGUCAUUUAUCGUUAAGGUUUCACCGUACCUUCGUUUCCCUAAUGAACUUUCCUGAUUGUUGUUUGCCAGAUGAACGCCUGCGCGAUUAAUUGACACCAUGAGUUGGUGUAGAAGACCAUCGAAAUUCAUUUUCGAUUCGUUUCGCAGCCACUGUUCGAAGAUCGCGGUGCCCAAAGUCCCAAUCGAGAAAUCAGUUCCACGGCCAGACUUCAACGCUGCUUCUUCGAGACCUAGGGCAAGAAUUUCUUCGAUUUCGCAGCCUAUUUUGAGGCAAUCUCAUUUGCAUUCUGGAAAAUGGCAGAGUCCAUUUAUGGAUGGGGCAAGGAGGUUUUAUUAUGUGGACAGGCGUAUGGUUCAUCACUUCAAGCCAAGGGGAUUCAAAAGAUGGUUUCAGAAUCCCAAAAAUGUGUUGAUUGUGGUAAUGGUGGGAUCUGUUGUUGUAAUCACUGUGUAUAUGGGGAAUUUAGAGACUGUGCCUUACACGAAAAGGACACAUUUCGUGCUUUUAUCAAGUAAUAUUGAGAAGGAGCUUGGGGAGUCAGAGUUCAAGAAGCUUAAGGCACAGUUCAAAGGCAAAAUGCUGCCUCCACUUCACCCGGAAAGCAUUCGAAUUCAGCGAAUAUCGCAGGAAAUAAUCGGGGCUCUUGAGAGAGGGUUGAGUAAAGAGCAAGUGUGGAGUGAUAUAAUGUAUUCUGCGGAGAGUGCAGCAGCAUUGCCUCAGCAGAAUCGGGCCCCGGAAAUGGUAACAGCAAUGAGUGAUACUAGUGAAGGAAUUUCCGAGGAGGAGAAAUGGCCUAGUGAGGAUAAAUGGCAGAAGGAUGAGGAGAUACUCGAUGAUCAAUGGGUUGUGCAGAGUAGAAAAAAGGGCCAAGAAAAGGGGAAGGCGACGGAGACUGCACAUUUAGAAGGGUUAAACUGGGAGAUCAUUGUGGUUAAUGAACCUGUGAUAAAUGCUGUUUGUUUGCCGGGCGGUAAAAUUGUUGUUUUCAGCGGGUUGUUAAAGCAUUUUAAAACGGAUGCCGAGAUUGCCACUGUUAUUGGGCAUGAGGUUGCUCAUGCUGUGGCUAGACACACUGCCGAACAAAUUUCGAAAAACCUAUGGUGGACCAUCUUACAGGUUUUUCUUUACCAGUUUUUCAUGCCUGACGUCGUCAACACAUUGUCGAAUCUCUUCUUGAGGCUGCCUUUUUCACGAAGGAUGGAGAUGGAAGCAGAUUACAUUGGAUUGCUGCUGAUUGCAUCGGCAGGAUAUGAUCCCCGGGUAGCCCCCCAGGUUUAUGAGAAGCUGGGUAAAGUUGUCGGGGAUUCAGCAUUGCAAAACUAUCUAGCGACUCAUCCUUCAGGGAAGAAGAGAGCUCAAGUACUUGCUCAAGCUAAAGUCAUGGAAGAAGCCUUAUCCAUAUACCGAGAAGUUAAAGCUGGACACGGAGUUGAGGGGUUUCUUUAACUAAUUAGAAACCCUUUUUCAAAAUUUUCCAAAAUUCUGCAAAAAUUUAAUUUUAUGGUGAUUACUUGAUGCAUAAUCUUUACCUCUUUCUAAAUCCAAUUCCUGAGCUCUUCAUCCCCGCUUGGUUUGCAUGCUUUUGUCGAGUAACUUUUAGUGUCUCCAACUAGAAAGGGCGUCAUGAAGUCUCUGAAAUGCUUAUGAAUAUGGUUGAUUUA